CAUAUUUACAUUUACCUUUGACAUUGACACACUAACGUAUAUCUACACGACUUCUACAAACUUUGGUACCACAAUAGUCAUUGGCAAUCUCCAAAAUCGCGCUAGCGGGCCCAAUGCGACGCUCGAUUAGCUUAGCCGCCGGCGGACAAGCUGAUUCCAACAACCCCGCACCUGUACCACGGACACCACGACACCCACGGCCAGGGACAGCUCUACAUGAAUUGAUACUUUCAUUGGAAAAGGAUUGGCAAUUGGGACUGGAUACAAAUGAGAUACGGUCCCCGGAAACUCGUGCGAGCGACAGGGCAUCUAAAAUCUCCAAAAAGAUUACUUUCCUCUACUGGCAAGAUCACGACCUUUUAACAAAAAAGCUCGAUGAGUUCAAAGCAUGUGCGCAUCUACUCUCAGCAUCUUCGAGACUCGCGAUACUUGAUGAACUGUUACCCCAACAAGGAACCCCUCAGUCAAAACGGACAGCUUCUAGACUCGCAACUGUUACCUGUGAAGCUUCACCCCAUGUCCAACGACGAACCUCGCUAGCAACCAGGCUAGCAACCUCUACCUUGCAGAACGCCCAUACCGAUGAGGUCGUAAUUGAAGAUGGGUCCACCACGGAGGAAGAUGAAGACUUCCAGACGCCUCCUUCACCUACUACUACCGCUCGAUCUACGCAGAGAAGGCUGGUAGAAGGCCCUCGCCGUUUGGAGAGGCCCUCCGGAAAACGAUCUUCAGACAGCUCCAACAAUGACUCCCCUUCCCCCAAACUUAUACGGCGAUCAAAGGGCGAGGGAAUGUCACUCGUACAGCCAAAACAAAGCCGCAAAACAUUGAAGAAGCAUUUGAAUUACGCAUCCAUGCUCCCCCAGCAGCCAUACUCAGAUAAGGAAACCCCAGCUACAUCCUUUGAUACGAGCACUCAACCAACCACUGCUGCUACUUCUUUUAACACGGAGGCUCCGGGAGAUUCCUUUAAGUUCCACAAGCAUGCCCGCUCUAGCUCAACAAGCAUUGACUCGAUGGACUUCCCCGACAUCCCUGUCUUAUCGACGAAGUUAGAGACAGAGCAUAGGCGGCGAAAUGGUCAAUCGAUAGGGCAGAGUACAUCGACUUAUGGCUCUGUCGACGAGACUGCUAUGCUUAUCGCAAGCGAUAUUCAUCAAGUGCCCUCCCAACCCCGGGGAAUGCAAGUCUCGAGCAAUCCUCCUGGUCGGGCAUUCCGUUCACCUAGGAAAAUAUCCCACCAUGUCCGAGACAUCCCCCACAAAAAUCUAUUCAACGACAUUGAAGAAGGUGGAGGUGACUUUCCAUUUUUUAUCUUGUUUAUUUGUUGUCGAAUCGCAAAUCAACACAACAUCGGCAUGAAUGUGGUGACUCAAUGCAUUGAUAAAUAUGCCUCAAAUACACAUCAAUCCUUUGCCGAAAACAUGAGGCUUCAUCCGAUCUGCCCAGUCGAACAUCUUCAAGAGCCCAAGGAAGUCUGGUCGGCGAACGAUCGGAACUUUGACGGAUAUACUUUCAAAGGGCGCGUGAAUUUUAACAAAUUGCAAACCGAGCCUAUCUACACUCUGGAGCUCCUGCCAAUUCAAGCCGACAAAUCGUGCCGCUUCCAGCGUGCUUUCGGAGCAGAUCGCUUUCUAUAUCUCGACAUCAUCGCAUAUGAAAGCAGACCAGAUCGCGCAGAGCUCAAAUCCGGCGACGAGGAUCUCAUCCAGAAACAAUGGAUCGAAUGGUACAAUAACGAACAUACCUUUUUGGGGCGAAAAUGGCGAGCAUUUCAUGUGGAAGCCAUCAAAAGGAACAAAGGCACCCGCAUCAAUGAUGCUCUGAAAUACGACAGAAGGGUAGUACUCUUCGCCACCGAAGGGCUUGGUAUCAAAACUCCCUGCUCUAUAGGUCAUUUGUUGAAUUGGUUCUUCCCAUUUAGGAUCAACCAGGAACAGAGUUAUCUCAAGGCACACGCGCGUUUUGACUUGGGUCUUUCACGGACAACUCCUACUUUUACAUUCAUACCCUCCCAGGUUGAAUACGUUCCAGACAUCCUGGCCGAUGGCACGGUGGAAGAAAGUCGCUUCGACGAUCAGACGCUUAAGUGGCGGCCUGUCGUCAAGCAAGAGGUCAUGAAUGAUGGCUGUAGCGUCAUGUCAGUCGGCGCGGCCAAGGCAAUUUGGCAGUUGUACAAGAAGACCACUGGCACAAGAGAUCCUCUUCCCAGCGCUUUCCAAGGACGCAUAGGUGGUGCUAAAGGUCUUUGGAUGAUCAGUGCUGAAUCCUAUACUAGGGACCCUGACCAUCUGAAGAUUCGGAUUGAAAUAAACGAAAGCCAGCUGAAGUUCAAGCCGCACGCUGACGACUAUUUUGACGAGCAAUACGAUGUUCGAAGAUUGUCAUUUGACCUUGUCAAUUAUAGCUCACCACCUGUCGCUAGCGAUCUUCACAUCUCCUUCAUCCCAAUCUUGGUGGACCGAGGUGUCUCCCCAAAAGUCAUUGCUAAGCUCAUGAAGGAGCGCCUCGAUGUCGAGAGGCAACACCUUCUUGAUAUACUUCAUGACCCAGUGAAGUUGUACGAAUGGUUGCACAAACAAGGCCCGAGAGACCGGGAAGAGCAUGUGAGCUGGCAAGCAGCUUUGCCACAGUCGUUGAGUGAAAAAGUAAGAUAUCUCCUAGAGACAGGUUUCUCUCCAGUCGAGUCUCCAUACCUUGCUCGCUGUUUGAAACGCGUCAUUGAGAAACAGCAACUUCUACAAGAAAAGAAGCUGCGAACGCCACUGGGAAGAGCGACAUUUGUAUACGGCGUCGCCGAUCUAUAUGGCAUCCUGGCCCCAGGCCAAAUGCAUUUGCAGUUUUCAUCCGCAUUUGUUGACCAAAUGACCGACGAGAGCUAUCAAGGUCUCGAUCAAAUGGAUGUUCUGGUCGCUCGGCAGCCUGCUUGUCGGCGUUCCGAUAUUCAGAAAAUCCAAGCCUGCAUCCACCCUGGCCUUUCCCAUCUUCUGGAUAUAGCUGUGUUCCCUAGUAAAGGCCAGUAUCCGUUGGCUGGAAAGUUGCAAGGUGGAGACUACGACGGAGAUAUCUUUUGGGUGUGUUGGGAGACGGCGCUUGUGUCUGACUUUCAGAAUGCCCAGGCACCUGUAGAAUCUCCGGACCCCAAUGCGUACCAAAUCAAACGGGACAGACGCAAGGUCGAGGACGUGAUGUCUACAACAGAUCUCAGCACAGUCGAUGGCUUUCUGAAAGAGGCCUUGGCGUUCCGGACGAAUCCAUCAAUGCUAGGUCUCGCUACUAACUAUCUUGAAAAGCAGGCUUAUUUGGAGAACCGUGUUUGGUCUAAGAAGAUCGACUAUCUGUGUGAUAUCCAUGAUUUGCUUGUGGACAGUUCAAAACAGGGAUUUGUUUUCACGAAAAGCGAUUUUGCGAAGGUCAAGUCAGCCAUCGGUCUGCCAGCGGAUCUGCCAAUACCAGCAUACAAGCAAGCUAUGGAAGCAUGCGAUACCGCGAAGGAUAUGGGGGAAUCCGACACCCUUAGAAGAAAGAAGUUCCCACACAAUCGGGAUAAUGUCAUCGAUUUCCUGUAUUUUGGCGUUGUGCGAGACCACAACAUUGAAACCUUGGACCAGGUCAGCAAUGAGUUGUCAAAGGGAGCAGAGACUGUGGACCCUUCCCUUCAAUACCCCUUUCACUACCUCUACCAACAAAACAGCAAAAUCGUCCGCGAUGAGCUCAAUGGUCUCACUAAAAGAUUUGAAGACGUCUUGAAUCAUUGGAAUAGGAAUAUGGGCAAGGGCGUCCGAUCUCGCAACUACAACAAAGUUGUUGAAGAAUGCUACGAGAAGUACAGCCGCAUCCUACCUGUCGAGAAGGACCACCCUGACAUAAAGCCUCUACUUAUGCCGUAUCUGCACAAGAAGUUCUCCAUGUGGGAAUGCAUCAAAGCUUCUGCACUCUACACCAAGUAUCCGUCUGAUAAAAAAGCACCUUUUGUUUUCCACAUGGCUGGUAGGGAACUCGCCACGUUGAAAGUUCAGAGCAGACCGGGAACGAGAGCUUUGAUCCGGGAGAUCCAUGCGAACAUAAAACCAAGACCGAUCCGUUCAUCAAUACAGACAGGCGAGUCCUCUGAUUCUGAUGAUGACGAGUUCACCACUGCUUUCGAACAUCCCGCGGACUGGGAGGCGGCACUGGGCAACGACUUUUGA